AUGGUAGCAGCACAAGCCUUGCGUCACCUCAUUUUCUUGACUCUCCUAGUCGGUUUCCCCAUGGUUUACUACUUCGGUCCGGUGGGGCGGCAUAAUGCCCUCGUGAUGGAACUCCUUGGUCCUUCUCUGGAGGAUCUAUUUGAGAUUUGCAAUCGUCAGUUCUCCCUCAAAACCGUCAUUAUGAUUGCUCUUCAGUUGCUGCAGAGAAUCGAGUACGUUCACUCGCACCACCUAAUAUACAGGGAUGUGAAGCCCGAGAACUUUCUCAUCGGACGUCAAUCCUACGACCGUCACCGUAUCAUCUACAUGAUUGAUUUUGGUCUUGCCAAGGAGUACAUCGAUCAGGAUACGGGAAAACACAUCCCCUUCAAAGACCACAAGAGUCUCACUGGGACUGCGCGUUACAUGAGCAUUAACACGCAUCUCGGCAAAGAGCAAUCACGUCGUGAUGACCUAGAGGCGUUGGGUCACAUGUUCCUUUACUUCCUCCGUGGCUGCCUGCCCUGGCAGGGCCUCAAGGCGGACAAUCUCCGCGAGCGGUAUCAGAAGAUCGGCGAUACGAAAUGUGCCACUCCUAUUGAAGUCCUCUGUCAAGGCUAUCCAGAAAUGGCGACGUAUCUGCGCUACGUGCGAAGUCUAGACUUCUUUGAGGUGCCAAACUACGAAUAUCUGCGAUGGAUUUUCACCGAUCUCAUGAAACGUCAGCGAUGGGAGUGCGAUUGGGAGUUCGAUUGGUGCUAUCGUCCACUUCCAGGUGCUCCCCGAGGCAGCUCAUCGGGUCACCAGAAUAAUCUGGCCGCCAAUGCCACUCCUGCAGCACAAGCACCUACGACAGAUCCUAUCAGCUCAAAUGCCGCCAAUGCAGGUCAUUCCAGCCACCACGGUCCCCAUCCCCCUCCCAACUCCUCCGCCUAUUGGUCGGGUGCAGCGACACCGGCGGUGGGAGGUGACACUACGCUCACAGGUCGGCGACCUAGUGAGCAGCGAAAAUUACACGCCAAUGGCGAUGAACAGUUUCCAGCACUGUUUGCAAGUCAAUCCUCCGACCGACUGAUUUUUGUGCAGCAUUUCCGGCACAAUAUUUGUCGCCACACUGAUGUUAGGGAGCCAUGCAAUUGUUGUCUCUUGUUCGGGCACCUGGCUUCGAACGUUCUAUCGGUUGAGUCGUGUGCCUACAUAAAUAGCUAUUGUGAGUUGAGGAAUACCUUCCUCCUGACCUAUGAUUGUCCUGGGCCUGGAAUUGAAACGGGUUACGAUCUCGGCAAGCGUGCUUGCUUUUCAUUGGUGGAUUUGAACCAAUUGUAUAAUAGAAAGGACCUUGACGAGUUAAAAGCACUGACUGCGCUGCCACCCAAACUACCUACUUCUGGAAGGCAGCAGUUGUUGGGAGGCGAAUCUAUUAGACCCAGUGACAUGCCCCUCUCCGAGGUGCCACAUGGUCAACCACCUACCUCCUCAUCUGCCGCCAACCCCACCAACAUUGGAUAUUCCCACCCCUCUGCGGUUGGUGGUGGCAACCCACAAUCCAUCCCCAUGAACCUCGCCACCGCGACUAACAAGGCAGCUACACCAGGUGCGGGUGAUGCCUCUUCCGGGUCACAGGCUUGUGGCCCAAAACAAGCACAAGUGCGUCUCCUUCCUCCUCCCUGUUACCCGUCUCCCUCCCUUAUUUCCCUUCUGAAUAACCCCACUCGCCCCCAAAGUUCUCAACCCACGCUGGCUCCGAAUGUCUACUUUGCGGAGAUAAGAGGCAAAUUUUGUGCUGAUGGUGAUGAUACGCGAAAUGCACAUUCAAGAAAAUUUGACGGUUUUCAGAUUGGUCUAGCCAGUGUCAAGUGCAAAGAAAAUUGCGUGCUUCGUGGCGUCUGUGGAUCAGAGACUGAGACCUUGGUGCCUUUCCUCAAUCCUGUUUGCAACACUUCCAAUCGUGUGGGUGAUUCCCGAGUUCGAGGGCUCACAGAGAUAUGGUGGGAGUCUUCUUCAGCUAUGCUUCGCGUAUCCAUUACACAUUCCUUUUAG